AGCACAGUUCGUUAACAGUCCUAGUCGCGAAUCUAGGAGGUUCAACCAACUAGAAAAUAAUAAAAAAAUUAUUCAAAUUCAAACAUACGUUUUGAAGUAUGCGCAAUUAGUUUUAUAUUUACUUUCAUUUUCAUGGAACAGGUUUAAUCUUAAGGCUUAAUCUGAGUUUUUCGAUCAAAACGGUGUUACUUUAACUGAAUACUGUGUGUGAUAUAGAAAUUAUAAACUAUGAAAGAAUACUUAAUUUUACUUGUGUUACUCAUCUCUGCAUGUAGUGCGACUCUCCAUGGCGCCGUCUCAACACAAUUUCAACAUAUUGAUCCUCAUAGUCGUACCUACUCUUACGGGUAUGCUGAUCCCAACUCCCAGAAGCAUGAGACACGUUCUUACGAUGGUGUUACACGUGGCUCCUACUCUUAUGUAGAUGGUAAUGGGCAUGUGCAAUCGCUCUCUUAUGUUGCUGAUCCACAUCAUGGUUUCAACGCUGUUGGCACAAAUUUACCAAAAGCUUCCCCAUCUCCAGAUACUCACUUCGCUGCAAUACACAGUGCUGCUGCCCAAUCAUACGUGCCAUACGCUCAUCACUAUCCCCAACAUAUUCCAAUACUAACAGAUGGAGGUGUGCCCGUGGAUACGCCAGAAGUACAACACGCACGAGCUGAACAUUAUGCUGCAUAUGCUGCUGCCGCUGCAGCUGCUGCAGCUCAUCCGGAACCGUAUGACGGUCACUCUCACCAUUUGUAUAAACGGUCAUUAUACAGUCAUCCCUGGAACUACGCUCAUCAAAAUUCGAUUACCCAUGUGCCACUGACACAUGGAGGCGUUCCUGUUGAUACACCAGACGUACAAGCUGCCAAAGCCGAACACUUUGCAGCGCAUGCCAAAGUUUUGGGCCGUGGUACACAAGUAAAUGGCGCUCCCUCGGACACACCAGAAGUAGCUCACGCAAAAGCUGCCCAUUAUGCUGCACAUGCUGCUGCUCGCACUGGUUAUCCUAUUGGGCAGACAGUCCCCGUGCAUGGCUAUCACAUUCCAGUGAUUCACAAUGGUGUACCAGUCGAGACACCAGAAGUUCAACAUGCCAAAGCAGCACAUUAUGCUGCAGUUAUUAAGGCUACAUCUAGAGCUGGUCACGGUGAACCAAGCGAUAAUGGAGGUCAUUAUGGCGGGCAUUGGAAUGAUCCACAUAAUAGUGGUUAUACGGGAUACAAACAUCGAGGCCCUAUACAUAUUCCAGUCAUCCACAAUGGCGUGCCCGUUGAACCUCCAGAAGUUCAGCAUGCUCGCGCCGCCCACUUGAAUGCUUUAGCUUCUGCUAGUCAUGGUUCGGGGCAUGUGGGUUACUAUGAGCAUGAUGACCAAUAUCAUGGCCAAAAUUAUUAAAUCCUGACCACAUAUUUUAGUAUAACUACGUGCGGAUAUCGGAAAGAAAUAUACUUAUACUAAUCUAAAAGAACGGCGGGCAUGACACGAAUAAAUCGACCAUGAUUGCACAUACUUAUAUA